UUCAAAAUUUCCCAAACCCCCGACUCAAUUUUAAAAAAUAUUCUUACAAGAUCCAAAUAUCUUUAAAAAUUCAAACUUUAGUCCAAAUAUGUCUGAAGAUUCUUUCAAUUCCUAAUAAAAUCGUCCUGCUUGAAUGGGUAACAAAGUCGAUGAAGCACUCAUAUCCACCGUCCGAUCUGUCGUGGGCGAUGAGUACACGGAAAUGGAGGUAAUUCGAGCCCUUCAUAUGGCGAACAAUGAUGUAACGGCAGCAAUUAACAUCAUUUUUGACACCCCGAGUUUCAAGAAGUUCAAUUUUGGGAAAAAAUCCGAGGAUCCCAAUCUUAGUUCGAGGUCUGGGCCAAGAAAAUGUUCAAAUACAAGCAAAAGCAGCAGUAAUGAUGGGGAGAAGUCUGAGCGUGGUACGAAUUCUAACAAUGGUUCACAGCCUACGAGUGAAAAUGUUGAGACAAGCAACAAAGAUGGGCGUGAGAUGGGGAAUGAGUGGUGGUUUGUGGGCACCGGUGAAGUUGUCGGGAUGUCAACUUGUAAGGGAAGGAGUAUAAAACCAGGAGAUGAAGUCCAUUUUACUUUUCCGGUUGAGAAGAAAUUGAAACCACCCUCCUUGGGGAAAUUUGGCCGAGGUCGACCCGUGGCUGAGAUCGUGCGAUUCUCUUCACAGGCCCUUGGAGAGAUUGGGAGAAUCCCAAAUGAAUGGUCUCGAUGUCUCUUGCCACUCGUGAGAGAUAAUAAAGUUAUGGUUGAGGGAUGCUGUAAAUCUGCUCCUAAGGAAUUGGGGAUCAUGGACUCAGUAGUGUUGUCUGUCAGUGUAUAUAUCAACAGUUCCAUGUUCCGUAAAAGCCAUAAGACCAUUCUCAAGGUGGCUAGCAACAGUUCGGCAGAUGAUGAAUCAAUAUUUUAUCCCCUCCCAUCAUUGUUGCGAUUGCUAGGACUUACUCCUUUUAAGAAGGCAGAAUUUACUCCAGGUGAUCUGUACAUGAGGAAGCGCCGCUUGACCGAAGAGAGUACUUCUGGCAUUCUCAACUCAUCAUUGCGUGUUAACAAUCCCAAAAGAUUUCUCGUGGAUGAAGGUAAAGUUGAGAGUGAUGAGGCAAUUUCAGAUACUGAUCUGGAAAGUAUUGUGGGUUCUGCUGACAGCUCUGAAUUACAGGAAAUGGAACCUCCUAGUACACUUCAAUGUGAAUUACGUCCUUAUCAAAAGCAGGCUCUUCAAUGGAUGACUCAACUUGAGCGGGUACACACUGCAGAUGAUGCAGAAACAACUAUGCAUCCAUGUUGGGAAGCAUAUCACCUCGGAGACAAGAGAGAUCGAGUCAUAUACUUGAAUGCAUUUUCAGGGGAUGCAACAACAGAAUUUCCCAGCACUCUCCAAAUGGCCAGGGGCGGAAUUUUGGCAGAUUCAAUGGGACUCGGGAAGACUAUAAUGACAAUAGCUCUUCUUCUGAGUUGCACUGAAAGAGGUGGAGCAUCUGGAAGCCAGUCAACGAGCCAGUCUUCACAUGAAAAUGGUGAAACGAGUAAUACAUUGGGUAAAUCUCCAACUCCUUUAAAGAAAGGCGGCUUUACUGGUCUGAAGAAGUUUUUGAAACAAAAAACAGAGCUGGCUCCUGGUGGCAAUCUGAUUGUAUGUCCUAUGACACUUUUAGGCCAGUGGAAGGCAGAGAUUGAAAUGCAUGCACACCCUGGCACAUUAAGUAUUUAUCUUCAUUAUGGACAAAGCAGAUCAAAGGAUACUAAAGUUAUUGCUCAAAAUGAUGUUGUACUAACAACAUAUGGAGUUUUGUCUUCAGAAUUUUCUGCUGAGAAGCCUGAAGAGAACGUGGGGCUUUUCUCAAUUAGAUGGUUUAGAGUGGUGCUUGAUGAGGCACAUACCAUAAAAUCUUCUAAAAGCCAAAUUUCUGUUGCUGCAUCUGCUCUUAUUGCUGAGCGCCGGUGGUGUCUCACUGGCACACCUAUACAGAAUAAAAUUGAGGACCUUUACAGCCUCCUAAGAUUUUUGAGGAUUGAUCCAUGGCAAAGUUGGGCAUGGUGGAAUGAGCUUGUUCAGAAACCAUGUGAAGAGGGAGAUGAAAGAGGAUUGAAACUCGUUCAGUCAAUUCUUAGAUCAAUCAUGCUCAGAAGAACAAAGUCUACCACAGAUCGAGAAGGCAGGCCAAUUUUAGUUCUUCCUCCAGCAGAUGUUCAAGUAAUAUAUUGUGAGCUUACAGAAGCAGAAAAGGAUUUUUAUGAGGCCUUGUUUAAACGAUCAAAGGUGAAGUUCAAUCAGUUUGUUGAUCAGGGGCGGGUUCUGCAUAAUUAUGCUUCUAUUUUGGAGUUGCUUUUACGGCUCCGUCAAUGCUGUGAUCACCCAUUUCUUGUGCUGAGUCGAGGCGAUACUCAAGAAUUCUCGGAUCUGAAUAAGCUUGCCAAACAUUUUCUUAAGAGUGGACAGAAGGCUGCUGGAGAAAACCAUGAUGUUCCGUCACGAGCUUAUGUUCAAGAGGUUGUGGAGGAUUUGCGUAACGGAGAACAAGGAGAGUGUCCAAUAUGUCUGGAAGCCUUUGAAGAUGCCGUGUUGACUCCAUGUGCCCAUCGGUUAUGUCGAGAGUGCCUCUUAGCAAGUUGGAAAAGUCAUUCAUCUGGUUUUUGUCCUGUUUGUAGAAAGACCGUCUCCAAGCAGGAACUGAUCACAGCACCAACAGAUAGCCGUUUCCAGAUAGACAUUGAAAAAAAUUGGGUGGAAUCAGCUAAGGUUACUGCUUUGUUGAAUGAACUAGAGCAACUUCGUACUCUAAACUCCAAAAGCAUUGUUUUUAGCCAGUGGACUGCCUUUUUGGACCUCCUUCAAAUUGCUCUUUCUCGAAAUGGUAUAUCUUUCCUUCGCCUUGAUGGGACACUGAACCAACAACAUCGAGAGAAAGUAAUUAAAACAUUUUCAGAAGAACGCAGUGUUUUGGUUUUGCUGGUGUCAUUGAAAGCUGGUGGUGUUGGAUUAAACCUUACAGCAGCGUCCAAUGCAUUUGUGUUGGAUCCAUGGUGGAAUCCUGCAGUGGAGGAACAAGCUGUGAUGCGUGUUCAUCGCAUUGGACAAACUAAAAAAGUGACAAUCAAACGAUUCAUUGUGAAGGGAACGGUUGAGGAAAGAAUGGAGGCAGUGCAAGCCAGGAAACAACGGAUGAUUGCGGGUGCACUAACGGACGAAGAAGUACGCACUGCGCGAAUCAAAGAACUUAAGAUGCUCUUCUCAUAGAGCCAGCCACGCGGAGUUGGAUAUAUAUACACACUUCCUACUCUGUCACGGCAACUCAGAGAUCCCAUGUUCCUAAAAUGUAUUCCAACAACUCAGCUAUCAUGAAAUGGUGUGAAGGGAAACCGUCAAAUACACAUGGCGACAACAAUCAAGAACACACUUUUGAAGCAAAAGAUCCCAUUCCAGAAGAAGGUAGGACUGAGCUUUUUCCACAUUGAUAUCUGGAGCUUUUCAUUUCUCAGAACAGCAGCCUCUGAUAAGCACAUCAUGAAGAUUAAGGUAGGAGUUCAUAUGUGCGUAUAUCAUCACGGUUUAGAUUAAGGUGCAUAUUUGUUUGGAUUAUGAUUGUUAGAAGCCUCCCAAAAUAGUCUGGGCUUUGCUCCACCCAAUCUUAGCUUGGAAUCAAGAAACACAGUAUGAAGAUUCAAGAGUACAAU